AAUAAUCAUCUAUUUAGAUGGAUUCCAAAUUUUUGGAUUAAAAACAAAAAAGAAAAUCCCAAGUUACUGUUUUUCCCGAGGGAUUUGUUGUACAGUAUGUUCCUCAUGCUAAGCAUUCGGAGUGGGUAUUCCUUCCAUGUAUAUUGCAUCAAUUUCUCGUGUCUUUGGAAGCGAAAAUCUGUAUUUCUUAAAGUACUUUUUGGGGCAUUUAGUUUUAUUUAGCCUUCAAUUGUCUGAGCUGAGAUACCCCUUUUGUAGGGAUUUUAAGAUUAUUUUAUGUGUUUUAACCCAUAAAACUCUUUUUUUCCCUCUUUUUCUUCUCUCUUUUCCCUAUUUCUUUUUCAUUAGAUGAUAUUUUUCUUUUCUUUUCUUUUUUUUCCUUUUUCUUUUUCAGUUUCGUUCAUAUCAGUCAAUAGUAGGGGCCCAUCUUAGUAUAUUUUCCUUGUUCAUUCCUUUCUUCUUAGAAUGACCCACUCAAACAGUAGUGUAUCUAACUGCAUGCAUAUUUCAAUUACUCUUCUAUUUCAUGUCACUGAAUUUGAUUUUUCAAUUUUUGAACAUUUUUUAGCAUUCAAUUAUGUUCUAAUUUUCAUAGAUUAAUCCUUUCUAUAUCAUGUGGUUUUACCUGGCUUUUUAAGCUUUUGUCCUUCCAAACUGUACUAUCUCAGUGGCAACAUUCAAUAUUGUGUUCCGGGACUUAUCGAGUCCACUCAACUUGCUCCAGUGUGCCGGGACUCAUCGAGUCCACUGGAUAUGCAGCAGCAAGGCAUAGUUCACUGCUCUUUGCCUUUUCAUGUUUGGUUUUGUGGUUUAUGAGGCAUGGAGCUCAUUGAAUUUUGUAUACAUGUGCAUUUAUAUAUAUUUUUCUUUUAUUUCUGAAUCUAAAGACAGGCUCGGUCCCAAUUUAGAUUAGCAAUCCAGAUCAGGAAUUGCUGGGUUGUGAAAUAUUGUUCUCUGUACAUACAUAUUUAUGUAUGUCUCGUUCCUCAAGAGAUUCAAGCCCAAGAUAUAUAAUUAUGAAUAUGUAUGAUCUUUUUUUCUUUUUUCUUUUUUUUUAAUGCAUGUUAUACAAAUCAAACAUAAGACUUGCAUUCUGAUGUCUUUCUUCCAGGUUCUUUCUCCACACAAAGAGCAGUUUAAAGACCUUGUAAUUGAAGGUGAAAGACCAGAGAAUAAGUUCAAUUGCACAGCAAUCAUGAGUGAUCCUGCUAUCUACACCCAAGAUGGAACAGUGGAUCAUACUGGGAAACCUGCAAUCAAGGCCAAAACAGGAACUUGGAGAGCCUGCCCCUUCAUCCUUGGCAACGAGGGCUGCGAAAGACUGGCUUACUAUGGAAUGAGUACCAAUUUGGUGAAUUACAUGAAAUAUCGUCUACAUCAAUCAAAUGCUGUCGCUGCCAAUAAUGUCACGAACUGGACGGGAACAUGCUAUAUCAUGCCACUACUUGGAGCAUUUGUGGCCGAUGCUUUCUUGGGUCGAUAUAGGGUCAUUGCGGUCUUCUCUGCUAUUUAUGUUGUUCAGGGGAUGACCUUACUGACUCUAUCAGCAUCAGUUGGAGGGUUGAGGCCUACUUGCCACGAUAACCAAUGCCACGCAAACGAUGGACAAGUUGCAGUGUUCUUCAUGUCUCUGUACCUCAUUGCCUUAGGAACCGGGGGCAUCAAACCAUGUGUCUUGUCUUUUGGGGCUGACCAAUUCGAUGAUGCUGAUGAGUACGAGAAGAAGAAGAAGAGCUCUUUUUUCAAUUGGUUCUAUCUCUCUAUCAAUAUAGGGGCUCUCAUUGCUUCCUCUCUCUUGGUUUGGAUCCAAGAGAAUAUAGGUUGGGGUUGGGGUUUCGGGAUACCAACUGUGGCCAUGGCAAUCGCCAUCAUCUCUUUCUUGGCAGGAACUCGGUUGUAUAGGAACCAGAAGCCUGGAGGGAGCCCCUUAACUCGUAUUGCUCAAGUGCUUGUUGCUUCCAUAAGGAAGUCCAGAGUCCUGGUGCCGUCUGAUAAGUCUCUACUUUAUGAGACAGCUGAAGAGGAGUCAGCCAUUCCAGGGAGCCGGAAGCUGGAAUCCACCGAUGAAUUCACAUUCUUUGACAAAGCAGCUGUGGAGACCGAGGCCGACAAAAUAAAGACCCACCCAGAUCCAUGGAAGCUUUGCUCUGUAACUCAAGUUGAGGAAUGGAAAUCCAUAAUCCGAAUCCUUCCCAUUUGGGCAACUGGCAUCAUCUUCGCAACAGUUUACAGUCAAAUGUCCACCAUGUUUAUUCUUCAAGGCGACAAGAUGGACCGUCGUGUGGGCUCAUUCAAAAUCCCAGCUGCUGCUCUCUCACUUGUCGACACCCUUAGCGUUAUAUUCUGGGUUCCAGUCUAUGACCGCCUCAUUGUGCCUAUGGCCCGUCGCUUCACAGGCCAUGACCAAGGCUUCACCCAACUACAACGCAUAGGCAUAGGCCUUGUUAUAUCGAUUAUCGCCAUUGCCACGGUUGCCGUAGUGGAGAUCAAGAGGCUCGAGCAAGUUCGUAUCCAUGACGAUUAUGAUCUUGAUAGCAUCCCCAUGAGCAUAUUUUGGCAAUUGCCUCAAUAUUUCAUUAUUGGGGCAGCUGAGGUUUUCACAGUUAUUGGGCACCUUGAAUUCUUCUAUGAUCAGGCCCCUGAUGCAAUGAGGAGCAUGUGCAAUGCUCUCGCUCUCACUAUAUCUGCUCUCGGCAGCUACUCGAGCACUUUGCUCGUGAUCAUUGUGACCCAUAUCACAACUACGAAUGGCAAGCCUGGAUGGAUCCCUGAUAACUUGAAUUACGGCCAUAUCGACUACUUGUUUUGGCUUUUGGCCAUUCUUAGCCUGAUAAACUUUGUGGUUUAUCUCUUUAUAGCAAACUGGUACAAGUACAAGAGGCCAACCGGGAACUGCAAAUAAGUGGUUGGAUGAAUGAAGUUUCUUUAGAAGGAUUGAUAGUAUUGGUAGUUCGCUUUCCGAGCUUCUUUCGAUAUGUGUGUAUAAAUUAGGAUUAUGGGGUAGUUAGCUGGGUGUGAAAUGCCACAGUUUUUUGGACUUACAGGAAGCUGUAUAGCAUAUACACACGCAAUAUGCAUAACAUAGUACACACAGAUAAAAAUACUCUC